AUGAAGCCCCUCAGCCUCCUGUCAACCCUGGCCCACCUCCUUUUGGCAUCCCCCCUCGCCUCCGCAGCCCUGUCAUACACAGUCCUCUCCGCCACCAUUGACAACAAGCAACUCGAUCCUUCUGAAAUUAAGCUGGAGCGCGUGCCCCUCGGCGUCGGGCCCCGCAACGGCAGCACCGGCUCCACCAUCCCCUCCGCACCGCCCACGUCCCUGACCUCUUCCCGCAAGGAGGGCCAUGCCCGCCGCCGCGCCGACCUCGAUCCCCGCGACGGCACGCACAGCACGACGUCCAACUGGUGCGGCGCCGAGCAGCACGUCCCCUCCGCCGCGGGGCCGGUGUCCUGGGUGCACUCCAUCUUCUCCGUGCCGGACCUGACCCACCGGCCGGACUACCCGCGUCCGCAGUUCGCGGCGGCCUGGGUCGGCAUCGACGGCGGACGGUGCCGGUCCGCGCUGGUGCAGGCGGGCGUGUCGGUGCAGCUGUACGAUGACGGGUACCAGUUCGCGUGGGUGUGGAUGCAGUGGUGGCCCGACGCGGCGUACAACUUUGUGCCCUUUGUGGUUGACCCCGGGAACUGGCUGGAAAUCAACAUCACAGCAGUUAAUACUACGGAAGCAAUCAUAGAGGUCAAGAACUACAACAACGGCAACGUCCUUCUCAUGACCUUCAAGGACGGGGCACCCAUGUGCCGUGCCGAAGGAAGCUGGAUCAUGGAGGCAUUCUACGGCUCACAAGGGCAGGUAACGCUGGCCAAGUUCAGCGACGUCUGGUUUCAGCAGUGCGAGGUGCGCACGCAGAACGGGCAGAGCUUUGGUAUCGACGGAGCCGAGAUCGUGUACAUGGAGCAGCCCAAACCGGGGACGGUGCAGAUGGAGAACGUGUGUCAGGCGGAGGAGUACGACAAUGCGAACCUUCGAUGUUAUGCUGUGUGA